GGGCGCGGAGCCGCAAGUUUGGCAGAAGGGGAAGCGCGCGCGGCUCGGCGCGGGGCGGCGGCGGCGCGAGGCCGGGGCAGGGGCAGAGCGCGCGCACCAGCCCAGCCGCGCCCCAGCCCGCCCGCCCGGCCGCGGCGGCCGCCGGGGCUGCGGGCAGCAGCGGGCAGCGCCCGCCGGUCCCCCCCGCGGGCUCCGCCUUGCAGCGCGGCUGAGAGCUCGGCUCUGCUGGCAGCAGGGGCAAGGUGCGGCGGUGGGAGGGGGCGGUGGAGCGGCUUUGUUGGCUCGGAGGGGAGCGGCGCGGCGGAAAGAGCGGCGCUUCGGCGAGAGCCGCACCAUGGUGCAGCAAGCGGAAAGUACGGAGACGGAGAGCAACCUGCCCCGGGAAGCGAUGGACACAGAAGAGGGCGAGUUCAUGGCUUGCAGCCCGGUGGCUUUGGACGAGAGCGAUCCGGACUGGUGCAAAACGGCGUCCGGGCACAUAAAGAGACCGAUGAACGCAUUCAUGGUGUGGUCUAAGAUCGAGAGGAGAAAAAUCAUGGAGCAGUCCCCGGACAUGCACAACGCUGAGAUCUCCAAGCGCCUGGGCAAGCGAUGGAAAAUGCUGAAGGACAGCGAGAAGAUCCCUUUCAUCCGGGAGGCGGAGAGGCUGCGGCUCAAGCACAUGGCCGAUUACCCCGACUACAAAUACCGGCCCAGAAAAAAGCCGAAAAUGGACCCGACGGCCAAGCCCAAUGCCAGCCAAAGUCCGGAGAAAAACGCACCCACCAGCAGCAGCGGCGGUAGCAAAAGCGCCAAGAGCUCCAGCAAGAAGUGUAGCAAGCUGAAAGCCUCCUCCGCUUCCUCGCCCCCCAAGCCGGGAGCCAAAGCCGCCCACCACGGGGACUAUGCGGGGGACGAGUACGUCUUCGGCACCCUGAAGGUGAGCAGCAAGACGGUCAAGUGCGUCUUCAUGGACGAGGAGGAGGAUGAGGAGGACGAUGAGGACGAGCUGCAGCUGCGGAUCAAGCAGGAGGCGGAGGAGGAAGACGAGGACGAGGAGCCGGGGCCGCAGCAGCUGCGGCGGUACAACGUGGCCAAAGUGCCGGCCAGUCCCACCUUGAGCUCCUCGGCGGAGUCCACCGAGGGGGCGAGCCUCUACGAGGAGGUGCGGGGCGGUGCCGCGGCGGCGGGCGGCGGCAGCAGACUCUACUACAGCUUCAAGAACAUCACCAAGCAGGGCCCGCCGCCGCCGCAGCAGCCGCCCGGCCUCUCCCCGGCCUCCUCCCGGUCCAUCUCCACCUCGUCGGCCGGCAGCGAGGAGGCGGACGACCUGCUCUUCGACCUCAGCCUCAACUUCUCCCAGCACGGCCACACCGCCGCCGAGCUGGGGGCGGGCGCCGCCGCCGGCAACCUCUCCCUUUCGCUGGUGGACAAGGACCUGGACUCCUUCAGCGAGGGCAGCCUCGGCUCCCACUUCGAGUUCCCCGACUACUGCACCCCGGAGCUGAGCGAGAUGAUCGCGGGCGACUGGCUGGAGGCGAACUUCUCCGACCUGGUGUUCACGUACUGAGCGGGGGCGGCGAGGCAGCGGCGGA